AUGUCUUCAACACAAGCAGAGGCACCUCAAGCCGAAAAUUGUCCGUUAUGUGAUAAUAAACCUCGGUUCAUGCCUCUUUGGUUUCAAGAGAAUACAGAAACAUGGAUAAAAUGUGAUAUUUGUCUUGUUUGGUGUCAUGCAGCCUGCCUUAAACUUCCAUCCGAAGAAUGUGAACGAAUUGAUGAAUAUCAUUGUCCAAAAUGUGCAAUAUCUCAUGGUCCAAGUACUUUACGAAAAUCUUUACGUGAACAUUCUAGGAUUAAUUAUGCUGACUUAGAAAAUGGGUUAACUGGUAACCCAUAUAAAUGGAAAAGAGUUCUUGAUUCAAAAUUAUUCGUCAAACCUAAAUUUCCAAAAGUACGAGGUGAUCAAUUAACAUUAGAUUGGGUUCGAACUUUCGGACUUGAUGAACCAAUCCUUAUAGAUAAUCCUGAUGGACUUGAUAUGAAAAUGCCUUCAAAAGAUAUAACUGUUAGUUACAUCGCAGCAACUGUUGGUUACGAUACGCCGGUUGACGUCAUUGAACAACCUAGUUGGAAUUUAUAUCAAUGGGCUAAUUAUUUCGAUGGACCAAAGCGUGAUCAAGUCCUAAAUGUUAUAAGCUUGGAGAUUAGUGGAACUCCUUUAGGCGAUUCUAUAGUUCGACCACGUAUUGUAAGAGAGCUCGAUUGGUGCGAAAACGUAUGGCCUAAAGAAUUAAAAGCUUUUGAAUAUCCCAAGGUUCAACUUUAUUGUCUUAUGAGUAUCAAAGAUAGCUUUACAGAUUUUCAUAUCGAUUUCGGUGGAACUUCCGUAUUUUACCAUGUUAUCAAAGGAUCCAAAAUUUUUUAUUUCGUAAGACCUACUCCACCAAACUUGAAAAAAUAUUCAAGAUGGAUAUCAUCACCAGAACAAUCCAUGACUUUUUUUGCCGAUUUGGUUAAAGAUUGUUACGAAGUUCGAAUUUGUGCUGUUAUAGGUGGAAAUUUCUUGCAUGGAUAUAAUAUCGGUGGACAAUUGGCAAUUUAUGAAAUAGAAAAACGCGUAGAUGUUCCCAUAAAAUAUCGUUUUCCUUAUUUCGAAAAAAUUUGUUGGUAUGCUGGAAAGAAAUAUUAUAGGAUUCUUAAAGAAAAUCCUGAUUCUUUGUCACAAAGAGAAGAGAAAGGCUUGGUUGAAUUGGCAUUAUUUUUAUCAAAAUUAUCUAGUAAACUUGAACGUAAUAGUAAGGUUUCUUCUGAGGAGAGACAUUCAAUCAAAGAAAAUAUUCCAACAGAAGUUCGUGAUCCUGCAAAAUUAUCACGAAGAUUGAGUAGACGAAUUAAUAAACAUAUUACUAGAAAUAAUGAAGAAAUUGAUGCACAAUUGGAUUCAACUAAUAAUUAUGAACUUCAUGAGGUUUACGCUAAUGAAAGAUCAGGUUCAUCACCUGAAUUCAGGUUGAAUACUCCAACAAAAAUUAGAUUGAAAAUAGUUAGUAGAAAACGUAAUAUCGAAGAUAUAAAUAUAGAAGAUUCUGAAGAUAAUAAGGGUGUUAAUGAAAUGGCUAAUAAUAUGACUGAUUCUUCUAAUGAACAUCAAGCAAAACGUAUACUUUUAACUUCUCAAACUAAUGAUACUGAAGGUUUGUUUGGUGAUAAACGGGAUGGUUCACCUUUAACUCCACAAAGUGGAAGUACUAUAUCGUGGCAUGAAGAGGAUAAGCACCUUGAGAAAUUGUAA